AUGUCAGCCAUAGUUUAUCUCAAGGUUUUCAACAGAAAUGCAGAACCUCGAAUCACACAAAUCUGCUCAAAAACCAAGGUGGCCUCACUCAAAAGACUGACAAUUCCACGUAUACAACUCACUGCAUCUCUUCUUCUGGCCAAAUUAGUCAAGUACAUCCAGGAUCACCUCGACUCGACGAAUGUUUCCAUCUAUGUUUGGGCGGACUCGUCGGUUAUGCUCACUUGGAUUUCACACUCAUCAAGGUGGGAGGAAUUUAUGGAGAAUCGAGUAUCACUUAUCCACGACCUCACUCAGCACGCUCACUGGAGAUUGGUACCAGGCAAGGAGAAUCCUGCAGACUGUGCUUUUCGAGGUUUACCACCAUCGAAACUGACAGUUCACAAACUCUGGUGGACAGAGCAGAUCAUGGCCGCCCCACGUUUUGGAAAAGGACCUCAACGUAGACCUCAAGGAAAAACCAGGAGUGUUGCUUCAUGA